AUGGUUCGCAGCUACGCAGAAAACAAUAAUCCCGAUGCUUAUGCUCCCAACCGCUGGAACCGUAUGCUUCGCCCAGCUAUUCUAGCUAACCACUUCCUGCACUGGGCUUCCUCGGUCAUCGUCAUGAGCAUAGCUGCAUAUUUCCUUGCCCAUUUUGCCCAUGGCCAGCAUCUCAUUUACUGGGUCACAGUCGCUGCGGUAGACACCUUAGUUUACCUACCCGCGCUAUUCCUCCCCGCCGUCAAGUCUUAUAAGGGAUAUUUGUCCCCUGUGGCCUGGAUCUUCUCAUACUUGUGGCUCACUUCCUUCAUUUUCGCGGCUCAAGACUAUAAUUGGCACAAUUGCAGUGCGAAUUCUCCUUGGAAUGUCAACAAGUGCGGGCUCAAGAAGACCUUGGAAUCAUUUGCAUUCAUAGCUUUCUUCACCAACCUGGUCGGGCUCUUGCUCGAGUGGAAAUUGUGGGACACCCAGCGUAUCAAGGUUGCCCCGGCCGCUGAAGGAGACAAGUUUGUCAGACCUAGCGGGGAUACUGCUACCACUGCCGCCAGCCAACCUGCGACUACCGUGUGA